AAAUCAUAAGCUUUUUUCUUUUUACCUUUUUUUCUUUCUUCAUUAAAUUUCAUUAAUGAUGACUAUUGAAAAAUUAUCGCGUAUCGGUAUUGGAAUGUACCGUAUGUGUUUAGGAAAUAAAUUAAAUGAAAAUGCUCUAUUUAAAGCUUUAAGAAGGGAAACUGAUAUAAAUGUGAUUGACACUUCGACCAAUUAUUGCGAUGGAGAAAGUGAAAGUUUAGUUGGAAAAGUUUUAACGAGUUCUAAUGAUAAACUUUUAUCACGUUCUGAGAUAUGUCUUGCAACUAAAUAUGGGUAUAUUCAAGGAAAUAAUAUGACUUUGUAUCGGAAUGGUUCAUUUAAAAAUAUUCCAGAUGAACAUAUCGUACGUUAUUCUCCUAAUUGUUUCCAUUGCAUCCAUCCAGAAUUUAUGAGGGAUCAAUUAACCCGCAGCUUACAUCGUAUGCAAACGAGUUAUGUUGAUAUCUUGUUCAUUCAUAAUCCAGAAUAUUUUCUUAUGGAUAAAAUUAAAUCUUCAAAUGAAAAUGUGAAAGGAUAUCAAAAUCAAAUGUUGGAUAGAAUCAGUCAAUCAUUUGAAGCGAUGGAAGAAGCAAUUCACAAGGGACAGAUAUUAUCUUAUGGUAUUAGCUCCAACAGUUUUUCUUUAGCUGAAGAUGAUAAACACUUUUUGCCUUUUUAUGAUUUAAUCGAUCGUGCAAAGGAAGCUUCAAAACGCGUAAGAAAAACCGAAAAUCAUGGAUUUGCUGCUGUACAGAUGCCAGCCAAUUUAUUGGAAACAUACGGGUUAAAAACCGCUGCAAAAUGGGCAAAACAAAACGGAUUAAAAGUGUUUAUUAAUAGACCUCUUAAUGCUUUUAAUUCAGAUGGUGCCUUUCGUUUGGCAAGUUAUCCUAAAGCAAAUUAUGAAACUAUUAAAUCCUCCACAGUAUCUUAUCUCGAAACGUUAAGCCAAGGAAGGGAGUCAAAUUCAAUUCAUUCUAUUCUAGAUUUGGUUAAACAGAUGAAUAAUAGGCUUCCUCUUAUUAAAAAUGUAUUUGAAUGGGAAAAUUAUCGUAUAGCAGUUUAUUCUUCUAUUAGACAGUUUCGAGAAGAUAUCGACAUUGAUACGGUAUUAAGGCCAUUUUUGGAUGCUUUUGAAGCCGAAGUAAGAUACCGUGGAUCACAAGCUGUUAGGAAUUAUUUGAUUGAAAAACUUCAUAUUGAAGAAUUGAAAGAUGAAAAUAAGAGUAUUGAACAAGUUGCUAUGAAAUUUUUAUUUAAUAGCGGUGUUGUAGAUGUGGUAUUGAUGGGAAUGACUCGUGAAAAGUAUGUUGAUUUUGCAAAAGAAAUGAUUAAACAUUAAAUGACGGUUGUAAUUGUGGACUUGUAGUAUUUGGUUAUUGUUGUUAUUGUUGUUUUAAGUUUUUAAGUUGCCUUUUUAAAUUUGUUGCGCGCGUAAUGACCAACAGCACUUUUAAAUAUUUUCAUAAUUGUAUUUUGAGAGUAUCUCCAUUAUUAUUAGACGAUAGUAUAUAUGACGAAAUUAAAAAAUUAUCUUGUUGUACUUUUAUAUUGACGAUUACCUUAAUUGUGCACUUUUAUAUUUGACGAUUACACUUUUAUACGACGAUUACCUUAAUUAUGCACUUUUAUAUUCGACGAAAUUGAUUAAUAAUGUUACUUUCAUCUUAUUAAAAAU